AUGCCCCCCCACUACACUCUCGCUGAGGGAUGUCCCUACCCUCGAAAUGACACGAGUGUCCAGCUUCGGAAUAAUGGUGGUGGCCUGGUUCUGCUCCAAGAUACCCAGCUGAUAGAGACGUUGGCCCAUUUCUCCCGCGAGAGAAUCCCGGAGAGAGUUGUGCACGCCAAAGCUGCCGGGGCCUACGGCGUCUUCGAAUGCACCCACGACUGCACCGACAUAACAUCUGCCAGCUUCCUGAGCACAGUAGGCAAGAAGACGGAUAUCCUUUUGCGAAUCUCGACGGUGGGCCCCGAAAGCGGUUCGGCGGAUACAAUCCGUGAUGUCCAUGGGUGGGCUAUGAAGCUCUACACGGACCAAGGAAAUUUGGACUGGGUGUUUAACAAUACGCCCGUAUUUUUCAUUCGGGACCCUAUCAAGUUUCCGUCGCUGAAUCGGUCUCACAAGAGGAAUCCUCGGACGCAUAUUCAUGACCCUGACAUGUUCUGGGACUCCCACGUCGGCAGCCCAGAGAGCAUCCACGAACUCAUACACCUGUUCAGUGAUCGUGGAACCCCUGCAUCGCUGCGCUAUAUGAAUGCCUAUAGCGGGAAUACAUAUAAAUUCACCAAAGAGGAUGGCUCCUUCAAAUACAUCAAAGUCCACAUCAAACCGCAACUGGGCGUGAAGAACAUGACCAGACAAGAAUCCGUAAAGAUUGCGGGUGAAGACCCCGAUUUCCUGAUCAAGGACCUGUUCAAUGCCAUCGAGAAAGGCGACUAUCCUGCCUGGAACGUCUAUGUGCAGGUCAUGGACCCCAAGGACGCAGAGACGUACAAGUGGAAUAUCUUCGAUAUGACCAAGGUCUGGCCUCAUCAGGAUUACCCGCUUAGACAGAUUGGGAAACUGAUUUUGAAUCGUAAUCCUCGCAACUAUUUCACGGAUAUCGAGCAGGCGGCAUUUUCGCCUUCCACCAUGGUGCCUGGCUUUGCGCCUUCGGCUGAUCCCAUGCUCCAAGCCCGCAUGUUCGCCUACCCCGACGCAGCCCGCUACCGUCUCGGCGUCAACUAUCAGCAACUCCCUACAAAUUCAGCCCGCGCACCGGUGUACUGCCCCUUCCAGCGAGACGGGUUGAUGAACUUCUCCUCAAACUAUGGCGAUGAUCCGGACUACAUCGGUUCAUCGCUGAGACCGACGACAUUCGCGACCAGUUCCAAGGGCAACUAUGUUUCCAGCACUAUCACGGAACACGAAAGGUGGAUUGGAGAAGUGUGUAGCUUUACCAGUACCGUCACUGAUCAAGAUUUCGAACAGCCGGCCGCGUUGUGGAAGGUGCUUCGCCGCGAACCGGGACAACAGGAUCGGUUUGUUGGCAAUGUGGCUGAUAGUGUACAGAAAGUUACUAGUGCCAAGUUGCGGGCUUCGGUUUAUGAUCUUUUUGCCCGUGUUGAUCCGCAGCUCGGUGCCUGGAUUAAAGAAAACGCUGAAGCAAAUAUUCACUGA